ACCGUUCUGUCCUCCUUAGAGCCGCAGUGGUUUCGGUCCCCUCCGGCAGACGUCUUCGGUCGCUCGUGGAAGAAAGCUACACGGCCAGGUGUACACAGUGCCUAAGAGGCAGUCGGCCGACAUAGUUAUAUCUCCAGUGAGCGGGACCGCGGCGUUCGCGAAAUCUCCCGCAUUACCAUCGCGAAUCGCGGCGUGCGUCUGUGAUUUCGUCGUGGUUACACCAUGCGCGAUAAACAAAAAUAAUCCGUCUUUUCUUCUUCGGCUCUCUCCCUCGUUCUUUCUCUCCCUCUUCGUUUCUCUCUCGGUCGCGCCAACAGCUUAGCCCACGUUUGUGUGUACCGUUUCAGCAUAUUGUGCGCUAACGGCCACUCUCAAGCUCGCUCGCGCGCGCUUUCUCGACGCGAUCCCCCGUGAGAAAGGUGCCCGUGGAAUUCGCCUUUGCACGGCGCAAGAGUGCCAGGAUACAAGCGCCGCCGAAUCGCAAGCGUGCGACAUCGCGCCCGCGGCAGAUCGCCGGACGAUUCGCCUCCCGCAAAAUUCCACAUCGAUAUAUCGAACGUGUCCUCCCAACUGUACGAUCAGAUUACACACGUCUGAGACGUUAUUGCAUUUUGAGCGUCUAAACGAGGUGCGACAAUGACGAGAUCGUACAAUCGUCGACAACUUGUCGCGUUACUUUUGCUGUUGCAAACCGCCUCGAGGUACGGUCACGCGGUUUCCGCGCAAUCGACGCACGCGGCCGACCUGUCGCCGCCGUCCGUGCCGUCCGGUCUCUCCGGCCCGGAUUACACCGGGCCGUCCGCGGGUUCGGACGAAUGCGAUCCCGAGAUGGUUGGCUUCGAGCUGGUAACCGGCUACGUAUACACCGCGCCCACAAACAUGCUCGAGUCCAUACCGGGCACGUUGAUGCUCACCGAUUGCCUCGAGACCUGUCAGGCAAACGACUCCUGUCAGGCGGUCAACUACGAGACGGGCCUAUGCGUCCUAUUCAGCUCUAACGCCGACAGCAAUCCAGGCGCGUUGUCACAAUCCCAAUUUCCAGUGUUCACGAUUUACGCUCAAAAGACUUGCCUGGCGGUGAAGCCUUGCGAGCGCGCUUGGUGCAUCGAUAGAGUCCAGGGACACCGUCUUCAGGGUCACGCACGCAGAACCAUGACCGCCUCCUCGAGGCAACACUGCCUCGAGCUCUGCCUCGGCGAGCGAGACUUUUUGUGUCGAUCUGCUAAUUACAUCAACGCCACCAAGCAAUGCGAAUUAUCGGAUAUGGACAGAUUGACGAUUGCUGGUUCAAAUGCCUUCCAGGCAGCAAAGGGAGUGGAUUAUUUGGAAAACCAUUGCGUGGAAGAGCCAGUGAAACUUUGCGAAUUUAAGAAGCUGACCGGCCGAAUACUGAAGACCGUGGACUCUGUUUAUCAAGACGUCGGCACGUCCGAUGAAUGCCGGGAAUUGUGCCUCAAUUCGCCAUUCCGUUGCCAUUCUUACGAUUAUGGUGAUACUGGUGACAUGGUCUGCCGUCUUAGCCAUCACACUCGUGCCACUCUUUCCGAUAUUCAGGAACCGUAUCUCGAUGUACCGGAGGCGUCCACGUACGAACUUAGCUCCUGCUACAACGUGACCAUCGAUUGCCGCGCCGGCGAUAUGGUGACCAGAAUUCAAACGAGCAAGCUCUUCUACGGCAAGGUAUACGCAAAGGGUUCGCCCAACUCGUGCGUGCAGGACGUCAAGGGUGCGCUCGAGUUUGAGCUGCGCAUGGCAUACGACGAUCUCGAGUGUAACAUAAGGCAGCAGGGCCUCGGCCGGUACUUGAACGACGUGGUUAUUCAACAUCACGACACUAUCGUCACCAGUUCUGAUCUCGGACUGGCUGUGACCUGUCAGUACGACCUCACUAACAAGACCGUGUCUAAUGAAGUCGAUCUCGGCGUACACGGCGACAUUACGCCCGCAUUGUCGGAGGAGGUGAUCGUCGACUCGCCGAAUGUCGCCAUGAAGAUUACCGAUCGCAGCGGAAACGAGGCUAUCCCAUCGGCCGAAGUCGGCGAUCCUCUGGCGCUCAAAUUCGAGAUCCUCGAUCCCAACAGCCCGUACGAGAUCUUCGUUCGUGAGCUAGUCGCCAUGGACGGUGUCGACUCGAGCGAAAUCAUCCUAAUCGAUUCCGACGGCUGCCCUACCGAUCACGUUAUCAUGGGACCCCUUUACAAAUCGGCCACCACUGGCAAGAUAUUGCUGUCGCAUUUCGACGCCUUCAAGUUCCCGAGUUCGGAAGUGGUGCAAUUCCGCGCUCUGGUCACUCCGUGUAUGCCGACCUGCGAGCCCGUGCAAUGCGAUCAGGAGGAGACGACUGGCGAGUUACGCUCGGUGAUCUCCUUCGGUAGACGCCGCCGCCGUCGUUCCACUGGCGCCGUUUCCCAGAGCCGCGAGGAUCUCCUUUUGGUGCAGUCUAUUCAGAUCACGGACAAGUUCGGCUUCGAGCGUGACGGUAAGUUAUCGAAUGCCUCCGCGACGAGGGACACCGUUUUCAUCGAAAGCGAGGACAUAUCAUCGACGAUGGGCAUGUGCAUCAACCUGGGCGAGGCCAUCAUUGCCGGCACGGUCUUCCUUGUCGCCCAGAUUGCCAUCAUAGCGGCAUGGACCUUUACCUGGCAACGACGCCGACAGAUGCUGAAGCAUCAGGAAGCGCUCUCGGUCUCUGUAUCCGUGCCCGGAAUGCAUUCCAUGCCAGGGCGCACCGACAGUCUUUGUAAGUUGUACGAUGCCGGAUACUCUGGACGUCGCUUCUGAAUGAUUUUUCCUCCCAUCCGAUAUCAAUCGUCAAUCUCGUCUUCCUGCGUAAAAAUCGCUAUUACGAAUCUUGGGCUGACUCUUCGCACGUGAACGUGAGCUUUUUAAAUUCAAGUCCCGGGGAGAUUCACGCGCGCGUGUCACAAUUCUCGAAAGCGAUCAGCAGAUAAUCACUUUCACAGCCCAGUUUAAAUCUUUCUCCGGAAUUCGGACGGAAAUUCGCUAUUUUGCAAUAUAUAUAUAUAUCAUACAUGUCAAACUUCUACCGUGUUGAAGCCAAUAUAUGUUACUUUUAGCGAAGUAUGCCCUUUACCGCUCACGCUUAUCUUGUAGUCGGGUGGAAGCUUUGCAGAAGCAUUCAACUAAUUCCAAUUAGAGAUGGGCGAAUCAUAGAGUCUGUUCAAGUAGAGAAACUGAUCGUCUCGAUCAGAAACAAGAGAGAAGAAAAUGAUCUGCCCAUUUGUAUGAAUUUUUGUAUCCACACAUUUUUAUUUUAGAUACUUUAUUACAUAUGCAUAUUCUUUUCUUAUUCAAACUUCAUUUCUACGCAGCUGAUAACAUAAGAAAAUCGAUCAAUUUCGUGAUAUCAUUUAAUUGAAGUUGUUUCUACGCUCAUCUUCCCGGGUGGAGCAACGCAAUUAUAUACAUUCGCAUAUGCACACGUGCUAAUAAUGCCGGUGGAAUUACCGAACGAAAUAAUUAGCACAAUUGCGCUUGAUUACUUGCUAUCUGUCGCUUAUUGAGACACAAAUAUCAGUGUUUCCCGAUCAAUAUACCUAACCAAGGUCGCGGUGUAACGAAUCGUACCGAAUGUAUCAUCAAUCUCGUCGUCCUGCCUUUGAUGCGGCCGGUUAUUUCGUAGAAGGAGCAAGACUGCAAUUACGAUCCGUACCGGCAACCUUUAAUUAACAUGACGUUCAAUGUUUAAGCGAUCUUCGUGCGUAUGCGUACCCCGGUUCAACGAAAGUCGACGCCGUCUAAGGGGAGACGUUUCUUAGAAGCAGAUUGAAUGGGCACGAUAGAGGAAAAAGAAGAAGAAGAGAAAGAGGAAACGUCUCGUAAUAUCGCGUCGAUACUUAAUCCGUAUCUGAUUGUGGACGGCAUACCGAGAAUCACACGCCUCGCGCCGUGGCUAAAUCGAUUUCUUACUUUGUUCCGUGAUAAAAGUGGCGAUCUCGCCACACCUCUUCCCUCGAUAACUAGUUGAUAAUGUAA